UCUGCCGAUUUCAUCCUACGUAGGUAAGCAGGGCUAAGCCAGCAGAGUGAAGAAUGAGUAUUGUCGACCGGAAUCUCAUCUAUCAUCGAAGCUAAAGAGCGUAAAAGUUCUCAGGCCGGAGGAUCUCAAAUCUGCACAGGUGCUUUCUCCUCCUUUACACGCGCGAUCAGUUGUUUUCGUGAGCCUUGAUUUGCUGCGCCUCGACAUUCUAUUCGUUACCAGUGUACCGAGGUCUCAGACAGGACGUUCAGAGAACCUCUGAGGCGAAGAUGAGUGUCUGAACAAUUUUCAAGGACGCACCCCAAGGUUCGGCAACUGUUCCAGCUCAUGCGGCGCUGAUUGCCUCACAUUUCAAAGUUCUCGAUUCAGAACGUGCCUUGCCUGGACCAGAUGGAUGCGGCAUUUCCUUUCGUAUCGUCUUCGGAUCGAUCAAAGUACAUGGAAAUAUGUCAAGCGCUAUCGAACCUCAACGGACCUAGUGCAAAUCCAGACUUCGAGGACCCAGUGGAGAUCAAACCACAAAAGCCAAAGAAGGUUCUCGUGGAAGAAGUCUGUUUUCAGCCAGAAGGGCUGGCUAAGGCGCCGCAGGACUCUAGAAAACCAUUCCUACGAGCAAAGUCUCACUCAAGUCGCAUUCUGCCCAAGGCAAGUAGCCCACAACAUGGCUUUAAUCAUCCCCAGGAGCUUGCGACCAAAAGGUCAGCCACUCCCAGGACCCCUGCGGACCUAAAGAAGAAAAAACCGCUUUCAAAUGAACAAAAUCAAUUGCAGGCCUCUAAAACCCUUCAAAGAUCCUCCUCUCGAUCUGCAACCCACCACUGCAGUGUGAAAGGCAAACAAGUAUCGGGAAGUGACGUAGUCCUCGAAGGUGAGGUGUCGGAAUCUUGUGCGGGGAUAUGAACACGCCCGAGAAGCACGGUACACUGCGAAGUAGCGAGCGUUUACGAGUAACUACUCCAGUCUUUAUGUAUACCUUACAGUACAGCCCAUUAUCUGUGAAGAUAGGGUAAUGUAAACCUAGAUGUGGGGAAGAGUCCCGCUUGUAUCUGGGAUGAUGGAUUUUCAGGCAUGUGCACGGAUUUGUGACCACUUAUAGGUGUCAUUGUGGAUGCCGGGCGAGCGAGGGAAGCGUUGGUUCAAGUGUCUAGUGUGCCCUCCAGGUGGUAUUAUUUCGAGUAUGUCUCUAUGUUUUUUCUUCUCCACGGAAGUCUGAUAUAAGCGGUCGCUUUGUCUACCACGUCUGGGAUGUGUGGUGGUCUCGUGGCUGCUUGGCCACAGCUUACCAGACCAUGUCCAUUGUUACUUCUGGUGGCUGCCAUGUUCAAAGUACGCAUGAUGCUCACUAAACAGUCACCGACUCUGUUGAAUAGAUUCAGCCUCAACAUGAGCAAUGCGAUAGAGGAGUUGAAAGGUGAGAAGGGUGAAUAAUGUUCAUGGCGAACCACGUAGACAACAGCGGAACAGAACGCUUGGUUGAAUGCAUGUGUUGACUGCAUACUAAGUUCUCUGGACCAGCGAAGCCAGGAGUAAGCUAGCCGAGUGCAAUUUAGGUGUACGGUAUUAUAUGUCAACAGCCGGCAACUCUCUUAUGCUGUACUUCCGCAAGAGACUCAGUAACCCUUGACUGCAAUCUCCACUGCCUUCUGUACGGCAGCCUCAAGUCUUCGUAUUAUCCGGACCUCAUUGCAAUGAGCGGUCCAGCGUCGAGUACGCAUGAUAGAGUUCGCCCAGAGGACAUCAUACUGCCACUUAGAAGCAACUGCCUCGCUUCUUUCUAGUUCAGGAGGGGAACGCUGCAGUGUAUGCGGUUCCAACUCUCCGAAGCAAGUUGUUUAUCCAUACUGGUCUUCCGCGGAUGUCCAGCGAAUUUCGCUUUCUCAAACAGGCUGGCAGACCUGAAAUAAAUGUCGUAAUUCUGGCGAAACUCUGGGCAUUCUCCAUCG